AGGUAGACUCUUUCUCCAUCGGUUCUGCUCAGCUGAUCUUCCUGCAUUCAGCCGGUGAGGUCUCGUGACAACUUUAACAACUCCAGGAUGUUGCGUGCGAGCGCUGGUGGGCUGCAGGUUCUGUCGGUUCUGCUGGUGUUUUCAGCUGGCUGUGGCGUGACUGAAGCCGAGACUCUGGUGACCGUCCGGAGAGUGACCCAUCCUCCCGUACGCCGCCCGCUGGCAGAGUCUGCGCUCCUCCCGUGUGUGUUCACCCUGACGCCAGCCCUCGUCCCGGGACACGGCCCCUACAUCCACUGGACCCGCGGCUCCGGAGCCCAGGAGCGGACGGUGCUGUCGGCCCGGGACGGGGUGGUCCGGGUUCACCAGGCGUACGCGGGUCGGGUCAGUCUGCCCGGAUACUCCGACAACCACCUGAACGUGUCGCUGGCGCUCCAUCAGCUCCGCUCCAAUGACUCCGGGACUUUCCGAUGCCACGUCGCUCUGGGAGACAGUUAUGAGCAGGACACAGUCAACCUGGAAAUCACAGGUGUGGUGUUUCACUACCGCUCUCCUGCGGAUGGAUAUUCCCUGUCGUAUGCGGAGGCCGUUGGAGCGUGUGAGGAUAAUUCGGCUCAGAUCGCAUCGGUUGAGCAGUUGUGGGCCGCGUUUCACUCCAGUAUGAACAACUGUGAGGCCGGCUGGCUCAAAGACCAGAGCGUCAGGUAUCCUGUACAGACACCGGAGCUCGGAUGCUUUGGACACACUGAGUUUUCUCGUGGAGUGAGGAAUUAUGGGAAACGAGACCCUUCGGAGUUGUUUGACGUUUACUGUUUCGCCAAUGACAUGCAAGGUGAGGUGUUUCCCGUCUCCGUCCCGGAUAGACUGACCCGAGUCUCGGCCUCUGCUCUCUGUGAGUCUUCAGGAGCCCGGCUGGCCACCGUGGGGCAGCUCUCGCUGGCCUGGAGAUCCGGCCUGGACCACUGUGAGCCGGGCUGGGUGUCUGACGGGAGCGUGAGGUCUGUCAGAGCGCUUCGGUCCGAGUGUCCCGGAGGAGAACCGGGCGUCACAACCGUUACAUCAACAGAGCUGAGAAACGGAUCCGCUCGCUUUGAUGCUUUCUGCUAUCGAGCAAAGAAACCGCAGAAGGCUGUGACGGGCAUCGUGAAGUCCUUACUGAGACCGUGGAGGUACAUGACCGGAGACGACGCAUCCCAGUCUCUCUCUUCAGCCACUGACGCACAGUCGGAUCUUCCCGACCUUCAUCCCACUAACUGGACUGGACAGGUGGAUUUGGACAAGGAUUUAGAUUUGCACAUGGCCGCUGAAGCCCCCGAGCUCUCCGCCGAGUAUCUGACGGCCCGUCUCCGAGCUGGAGACACGUCUCUGGACUGGAGUGGACAGUUGGACUCGUUCCCAGACGGAGAACAGGUGGUUCCGGCUCCGGGGUCAGAUCCGGGUCCCGGAGGCUCGGCCACAGAGGAAGAGGAUGAAGAUCUAUCCGGUCAGUCUGUCAGUCCUACAGCUCCUCAAGGAAAGGGCACAAGUUCCCUCAACAACAUCGUCAGCUCAUUGUGGAAACCCUGGAGCUACUUGACAGGAAGUGAUGCGGAGGCGGAGGCGACAACCAAGAGUGUGACGCCCGUGAUGGACACGCAAACCACGGCAACUCCUGACUCGGGGUUGAUAUCAUGGUGGAGUCGCUCAUGGCUGUCUCGUCCUUCAUCCGUCACUGAUAAAUUAAGCACAUCCAGAAGUUCGGACGUGCCGACAUCAAUCCUGCCAAACACCACGGACGACAACCACACAGGUCGGCCUGCCCAGAGAUUAGGAGAUUGGGUCGUGGUGACCGAAAUACCUGAGCAGAAAACCAAAACCGACGAACCCAAAGUCUCCGUAUCAACUGAGAAUUACUCCGGAGAGAGCAGAGUCCUGGAGACGGAGGGCAGCUCGUGGGGAGAUACGUAUCUGUCGUCACAAACACCGCUGAAGGUGGUGACGUCGAGAACCGGUUCCCUCGCCACCACCGUUUCUGGUUCCCUCGCCACCACCGGUCCCCUUGCCACCACUGGUUCCCUUGCCACCAUCGGUUCCGGUUCCCUCGCCACCACCGGUUCCCUUGCCACCACUGGAUCCCUCGCCACUACCGGUUCCCUUGCCACCAUCGGUUCCGGUUCCCUCGCCACUACCGGUUCCCUUGCCACCACCGGUUCCCUCGCCACCAGCGGUUCCGAUUCGCUCGCCACCACCGGUUCCCUUGCCACCACCGGUUCCCUUGCCACCACCGGUUCCCUCGCCACCAGCGGUUCCGAUUCGUUCGCCACCACCGGUUCCCUUGCCACCACUGGUUCCCUUGCCACCACCGGUUCCCUCGCCACCACCGGUUCCCUUGCCACCACCGGUUCCCUUGCCACCACCGGUUCCCUCGCCACUACCGGUUCCCUCGCCACCACUGGUUCCCUUGCCACCACUGGUUCCCUCGCCACCACUGGUUCCCUUGCCACCACUGGUUCCCUUGCCACCACUGGUUCCCUUGCCACCAUUGGUUCCGGUUCCCUCGCCACCGCUAUUUCCGGUUCCGGUUCCCUCACCACCACCGGUUCCGAUUCCCUCGCCAUCAGCGAUUCCCUCGCCACAACCGAUUCUCUCGGCACAAACGAUUGCCUUAUCCCCACCGGUUCCCUCGCCACAACCGAUUCCCUUGCCACCACCGGUCCCCUCGCCACCACCAGUUCCCUUGCCACCACCGGUUCUGCUCACGGCCGUGAGGCCCGUGGAGAAAUCCAGUACAGACGCAGGAACAAACCAAAGCGACCCAACCCAAGCACCACUGAGAUGACGACAGCCAUCGUCCACAACACAGCGACACCCUCAGGAGUGUCUUAUAGUGCUGAAAACAGUGGAUCGACCAUCUCAACAUCUGCAGACGAGUCUCGGACAGCAAGCUUUGGACCAACGGGUACCAGCAGCAUAGAGCCGGAUCUGAGCAGCACCGAGGCCGUCAGGAAGAACCACUCCAUUGGAGAAGAUGAGGACGACAGAUGCAGUUGUCUUCAUGGAGGGACGUGUCUUCCUCACGGAGAGGCUUUCCGCUGCUUCUGUCCGCAGGGAUACGCCGGAGAGAGCUGUGAGAUCG